GUUGCGCUGCCGCUCGUCUGUCCGUUGAGGGAAGAUUUAGGUGUUUGUGUGAGGUAAAUAAAACGAUAGAAAUUAUGUUUUAAAUGAAUUUUUGUAAAGAAAGAUACUUCAGCAACUUAAAUACAAAUGUUUAACAAUUUUACAGUUUUGUAAAACUUUAUUUGUAAAGUACUGAGAGAGUUGUUCCACAAGGGCCAACGUUUAUACAAGUGAACAAAAGAGAUUUACUUCACUUUUCAAGCCACUCAGGGCUGUUCCUGUAAAUGCUGAACAAACAAUCUUAAAUAACAUAAUUUUCAGUGAAGUCACUAUCACAUCAGUUCAUCUAUAAAUACUGUGAAGAAGUCAAACAAGCAGCUGCUGUCACAACACAUUCAACUACUCUACUAUUCUGAUCCACUGUUGUAAUGAUGGAGUGUGUUAAAAAAGAGACUGAUCCUCAAUCAUUCACAAUAAUCCCUGAAGAACAAAGAGGCCUAAAGGGACUGAAAGAGGACGGUCAACAACACAAUGAAACUGAGGAUGAACAUCAGCACCACAAUGCCAUAAGUGAAAAAAAUUGCUCACAGACUGAUGAGGAUUCAUCUCAAAAAAGAGCAGAAGCUAAAAUCUCUUUUGCAUGCCAUCUUAAUGGUGAGACUUUUUCACAGAAAGAACAUUCAUAUGUUCACAUAAAGACUAACACUGGAGUAAUUCUAUACCCCUGUCCUUAUUGUGCAAAAAUUUUGAUAAGUAAAAGUUACCUCAAAGAUCAUUUAGUAUGUCACACGGGUGAGAGGACCUUUGCAUGCCCUCAAUGUGAUAAGUGUUUUAAACGGAAAAACAAUCUUGAUGCUCACAUACAGACUCACUCUACUGAAAGGCCCUACAUGUGCCUUCAUUGUGAAAAGUGUUACAUAUAUAAAGGGGAUCUUAGGAAACAUUUAACAAUUCACACAGUAAAGAGGCCCUACGCUUGCACUCAGUGUGAUAAGAGUUUUUUACUAAAAGGAAGUCUUAAUGCUCACAUAAAAACUCACACUAAAGAAAGUCUUUAUGGCUGUCCUCAUGGUGAAAAGACUUGCACAUGUACAAAACAGCACCUUACUAAAGGUACAAAUGAGAGACCUUUUGCAUGCCCCCAGUGUAAUAAGUGUUUUAAACAAAAAAGAAAUCUUAAUGCACACAUGAAGACUCAUAGUACCGAAAGACCAUACGCCUGCCCUCAAUGUCCAAAGACUUACAGGCAAAAAACGUCCCUUAAGGAACAUUUACUGAGUCACACAGAUGAGAGGCCCUACACCUGCCCUCAGUGUGAUAAGGGUUUUAUACGAAAAAUUUGUCUUAAUGUUCACUUAAAGACUCACACUGGAGAAAAGACAUACAAAUGUAAAAAGUCCCCGAAAGAACAUCAAAAAAGUCUCACUGACCACAAGCCUUUCUCUUGCCCUCAAUGUGAAAAGGGUUUCACAUCAAAAGCACAUUUAGAGAGUCACAUAAGAGUUCACACUGAAGAGAAACGUUUUAAGUGCCCUCAGUGUGACAAGAGUUAUAAAUAUCGUGCACAUCUUCAGUAUCACAUACAAAUUCAUACUGGUGAGAAGCCUUACUCAUGCCAUCUGUGUGAUAAGAGCUUUAGACAAAAAGAAAAUCUUAAGCGUCACAUACGAGUCCAUACAGGUGAGAAGCCUUACUCAUGCCAUCUGUGUGAUAAGAGUUACAAAUUGGCACGAAGUUUAAAGGUUCAUAUGCGGUUUCACCAUAAUGGAGAAAAAUACUAAAAUGCUCACAUUGUGUAAAGAGUUUUAUUGAGUCUGUGACACUGAUAAAACACAAGUGACUGUAUACUGGAGAGAAGCUGCACCGCUGUCAUUCAUGUUGGAGAAGAGAAAAGUCUGUAAAAAGUGAACAAAGAUCAACUUCAGUCUUUAGGUCCAAACACGUGAUGGGAAAUACAGAAAAAAUGUAUAUAGUAAAAUGUAUAGCUUUUUAUGUAUUGUAACUUACUUUGGAUAAAAGUGUCAAAUGCAUUAAAAUGUAAAUGUGUUUUCAUGAUGCAUUAUUUUUGUCUCUUGGAGUAGACGUACCAAUGGAUUUGCACUCAUUAGACAGAGGUAAUUUGUAAACUAUAUUCCCCUUUAAAUACCUUAUUCAGCCUGAAUAAUAAUAAUUCAGCCUUAUUCAGAGUUUCUAGGGACCUGUACGCACAUCAUGAUUUUAUAAUGAUGUUGGCUCUUAGCACAACAAAUGUUGAAGUGAGUCGUACUGCUUUUAUCCACUUUUAACUUUUAAUAUUUGGUAUGUCCACCUUUUGGAGCAGUUACAGCAGCACAUCUCUCUGGCACAGUGUCAAUAUAAUUCUAAUAAUGUAAUGCAAUAUAUUAAUUAUUAAUAAUUAUUAUUAUAAAAAAAUUAAGAGACCACUCCAGUUUCUAGAUGUAUUGUGACCAUUUGAGUCCAUAAAAAACAACAACAGCCAUAGUUGAACGCAAUAAAACGAGCAAACCUCUGGAGUGACAUAAAGUCACCUAAAAGCAAAUGUAAAAGACUGAGAGCAUGAGGAGACCCAUGAAAGAAGUGACAAAAAAUCUGUGCUUUUACAAAAUUUUCUAGAAUACUUGAAAAAACAUUAGUAUUUUGUAGCUAACAAAUGAAUUUGAACUUGUUUUCUAUGCACUAUUGGAGUUUUGAAAAUGUUUAUUUAGAUUUUGGCAGAAAGUAGUUAACGGAAUUAAACAAAAAAAGCUUAAACAUAUACCUAUAAAUAAAUCUAGAAAACCAUUAAAAUUGUCUCUUCAUUUUUUUCUGUGGCUGUAUAAUCGACUACAAGGGGACAUAAAGUGACAUUAUUAUUAUAUUUUAUCUGUUUAUUGAACUUUUACAAAAAUAUACAGGAUACAGGAGAAUCAUGAACAAACAAAUAUUUUACCCCAACCCACCCCCCAAAAGAGCAAAAUAGAAAACUAUAUUAAAGUAUAUUUAAACAAACUGAAUAAAAAAGACAAAAAAAAGAAAUAAUAGUAAUAAAUUAAAUAAAUGAAUAAAACACUCAAUACAUAUUGAAAAGGUGACAUUAUCUUAAUUUAGAACUAUACACUACAUUAAUUUGAGAUGAUACAAGCUGGAUCAUGCCCUUAAAAUUUCACUUUGAAGUAAAUUGAGAUUGAUAUAGAUUUACUGUGUUCAGGAAUCGUGUGGUUAAGAAAUGAAGGAAAGCUACAGCAGAUUUUUUCCUAAUCAUAAUUAAAAAAAAGCAAGAGGUAAUCUAAGAAUUAUUUGGAACUAGCUCAAAAAACUAACAGGCAAAUAUAACGUAAACCGGAAAAUUUUAGAUCUCAACUUAAAAGGGAAAGUUAAUAAAUAAUCGAUUUCAGUGUGUUAGAGUACAACUAUAUAAGUCAGGUGAGUUGGGUACAUCUAGAGGUGUUCCUCAGGGGUAUAUUUUGGGUCCUUUACUUUUUGCUUUAUAUAUAAAUGAUCUUCACUCUGUAUGUUCUAGCGCUAAAAUACAAUUGAAUGCGGAUGAUACUGUCAUUUUAUUAUGUGGUAAUAGCACCACAUGAGUUGCUAAUGAUCUCACAGAUACAAUGGUCAAUGUAUCUGCAUGGCUAAAAGAGAAUAGUAUCAGUAAAGAUCAAGAUCUUUUGUGUCAGGUUACAGUCUCUCAAUUUAAAUACCUUGGAAUUCUGACUCAGAACUCACCUUUAAAGCUCAGAUCAAAAAGGUUCGUAAACAGGUUAAGUUUUAUCUCUAUAAUUUUGUCAUUAGAAGCAUCUAAGAUUUAUAUGCAUUCUAUGAUUAUCUCCCAUAUGACCUAUUGUUUAACAACUUGGUCCCAGGUGAGUUCAAUAACUCUAAAUCCAUCUGAGCCCUUGUAUAUAUGUACACUUAAAGUAUUUGAUAAGAAAUCUGUAAAUUUUCAAUACUUAAAAAAUAUGAUUUGUUGAGGAAAAUAUGUUUAACUUCGCAAAUGUUUGCAUCAUGUAUAAGAUCAUUCAUGGCUUAACUUCUACCCCUCUUAGUCACUUAGUUAAGAAAAUCUUUCCAUUGUCCUACAAGAGUUGUGUUAAGAGGUGACUGAAAUAUACCCUUGAUACGGAGUAAUUUUAGUCAGUCUGCCUUCUAUGUUAUAUGUUAAAGCUGCACAACAAUGAAAUACAAUUCCAGCAAAACUAGAACUAGAACUUAGCUCUGUCAACAUUAAAAUUUUAGAUAUUGGUUAGCUGCCCGCUAUUGUUCUGCUAUUAGUUUUAUUUAAAGUAUAUUUUAUGUUUUUGUGAUGUUUUUAUUUACUUUUAAAUGUACGUGUUUUAACUUAGUAUUAUGAAAUGUAUUUGCUUUCAGGGUGACUUAUAAGAUUCUGUCCAGGACAAUGGAUGAAAAUAGCCUUUCUGGUGCAUUUACAGAAAUGUUUUAUUAAUGUGCAACUAAAUAAAUAAAAUGAAAAAAUACUCACUAGUACGGUAACGGUUUAAUCUGAGUCGCUAUACUCUGCUACUUUUGUUGUCCUCUGAUUUUUCUGUUUUUUCUUGUUUUUCAUUAAUGUAAAGCUGCUUUGAAACAGUUAAAUAAUUGUGAAAAGCGCUAUAUAAAUAAAAUGUAAUUUAACUGCACUAAUAUAUUGAGUUUGUAUUGUAAUUGUAAUUGACAAAUGUGGAAUAUUAAGUAUUGCAAAUAUAUAUUUUAACCUAAACAUUCAUGUUUUGUAUAUUUUCUUGGGUGUAGAUGAUAGUUUCUUAAUUUUUCCUUGCAUUUCUCGAAAUUGGAAAAAAUAUUGGAAAAAAUUUACUUUUAUUUUGCUUCCUGGAGCCUCUCGUGCGGUGACGUCAUCAGAGGUGCGCUGCGGCUGCAGCUCGUCCGACGGUUGAGGGAAGAUUGAGCUGCUUGUAUGAGGUCUUUUCCUGUAAAUGCUGAACAACCAAUCUUAAACUUCAAUGAAGUCACUAUCACAACAGUUCACUGUGAAGAAGUCAAACAAGCAGCUGCUGUCACAACACAUUCAACUACUCUACUAUUCUGAUCCACUGUUGUAAUGAUGGAGUGUGUUAAAGAAGAGACUGAUCCUGAAUCAUUUACAAUAACACCUCAACAUACUCAACAACAAAGAGGCCUAAUGGGAAUGAAAGAGGAAGUUCAAGGACAAAAUGAAAUGGAGGAUGAAGAUCAGCACCACAAUUUCAUAAGUGAAGAAAACUCUUUCAGUUGCUCACAGACUGAUGAGGAUUCACCUGAAAAACAUUCAAAUGUUCACAUAAAGACUCACGCAGGUGAAACACCUCAGUGUGAAAAGACUUGCACAAGUAAAAGUCACACUGGUGAGAGGACCUUCACCUGCCCUAAGUGUGAUAAGUGUUUUAAACGACAAAGAAAUCUUGAUGAUCACAUAAAGACUCACACUGGAGAAAGGCCGUACAGCUGUCCUCAGUGUGAAAAGACGUACAUAUGUAAACAGCACCUUAAGGAUCAUAUAGUAACUCAUACAAAUGAGAAACCCUUUGCAUGCCCUCAGUGUGAUAAGUGUUUUAAACAACUAGGAAAUCUUAAUGUUCACAUAAAGACUCACACUGGAGAAAGGCCAUACGCCUGUCCUCAGUGUGAAAAGACUUACAGAUGUAAAGAGUCCCUAAAACAACAUAAAAUAAGCCACACUGACCAAAAACCUUUCUCUUGCCCUCAAUGUGGAAAGAGUUUUACACAAAGAGGAACCCUUAAUGUUCACAUGAGGAGUCACAGUGGUGAUGGGCUUUACACCUGUUCUCAUUGUGGGAAAAAUUUCACAACAAAAACGCAUUUAGUGAAUCACAUACGAGUUCACACUGGAGAGAAACCUUACAAGUGUCCACAGUGUGACAAGAGUUUUACACAACGUGGAGCUCUUAAGCAUCACAUACGAAGUCAUACAGAUUGAAAUGAGGUACUUUUAUUUUGCCUCUUGGAGCCUGUCGUGCAGUGACGUCAUUAGAGUUGCGGUGCUGCUGCCUGCAGCUCGUCUGUCGGUUGAGGGAAGAUUGAGGCGUUUGUGUGAGUUUCAAAAGGGUCAACAUUGAUACAAGGCAAGAAACAAGGAGAUUUACUUCACUUUUCAAGCCAUGCCGGCCUGGUGGAAUUGAAAGAGGACAGUCAACAACAAAAUGAAAUGGAGAAUGAACAUCAGCUGCACAUUCAAUUGCUCACAGACUGAUGAGGAUUCACCUCAAGACAAACUCUCUUUUGCAUGAGUUUUUUACCGAAAGAACAUUCAAAUGUUGACAUAAAGACUCACACAGGUGAAAUGCAAUACACCUGUCCUCAGUGUGAAAAGACUUGCACAAGAAAAAGCCACCUUAAGGAUCAUUUAUUAAAUCACACUGGUGAGAGAACCUUUGUAUGCCCACAGUGUGAUAAAUGUUUUAAACGACAAAGAAAUCUUAAUGCUCACAUAAAGACUCACACUGAAGAAAGGCCAUACGCCUGUCCUCAUUGUGCAAAGACUUACAGGCAAAAAACGCACCUUAAGAAACAUUUAGAAUCAUGUCACUAUGGUGAGGGGACCUUCACCUGCCCUCAGUGUGAUAAAUGUUUUAAACAACAAAAAAAUCUUGAUGCUCACAUAAAGACUCACACUAAAGAAAGGCCCUACAGCUGCCCUAAAUGUGCAAAGACUUACAGGCAAAAAACGCACCUUAAGAAACAUUUUGAAUGUCACUAUGGUGAGGGGACCUUCACCUGCCCUCAGUGUGAUAAGGGUUUUUUACGAAAAAUUAGUUUUGAUUUUCACUUAAAGACUCACACUGGAGAAAAGACUUACAAAUGUAAAGAGUCCUUGAAACAACAUAAAAUAAGUCACAGUGACCACAAGCCUUUCUCUUGCCCUCAAUGUGGAAGGAGUUUUACUCAAAGACGAAACCUUAAUAUUCACAUGAGGAUUCACAGUGAUGAUGGGCCUCAUACCUGUCCUCAUUGUGGGAAGAGUUUUUCAAAAAAAGCGCAUUUGGAGAAUCACAUACGAGUUCACACUGGAGAGAAACCUUUCAGGUGCCCGCAAUGUGACAAGAGUUUUAAACAGCGAGGACAUCUUCAGUAUCACAUACGAAUUCAUACAGGUGAGAAGCCUUUCUCGUGCCAUCUGUGUGAUAAGAGUUACAAAUGGGCACGAAGUCUCAAAGUUCAUCUCCUGUUUCACCAUACUGGAAAAAAAACCUGAAAGUGUUCACAUUGUGGAAAGCGUUUUAUUGAGUCUGUGACGCUGAUCAAACACAAGUGACUGUAUACUGGAUAGAAGCUGCACCGCUGUCAUUCAUGUUGGAGAAGUUUCAGACUUACAAAGAAAAAAGAGCUGUCUUUAGUACUCAAAAAUAUAUUAAAUUAAAUGCAUUAUAUAAAGUGGUGAAAUUUGUUCCUGUAGCUCAACUUGUUUCCUAAAGACAACCGGGGGAGACGGCGAUCAUGGAUCACCGCUAUGUGAAGGGAGGUUUGGUUGCAGGUCUGGGGUUAACACUGCAUACAUUAUAUUGUACACAUUUUACACAUUAGCUCAGUGUAGUUUUUGAUACGCUUUAGCUAUGAUUUGAA